ACACCAUCUUCUCAAACUCAAUACCAUACACUAAUACACUAUUUUUACUCUCAAGCCAUGGCUAAAUACAAUUUCCAACACUUCAUUACAACCCUCCUCCUAUUUUUCUUCAUUUCACCCACUUUCUCUAAACAAUCUUUCAGGCCAAAAGCCCUAGUUCUCCCAGUCACAAAAGAUGUCGCUACCACAAACCAAUACAAAGCUCAAAUCAACCAAAGAACACCACUAGUCCCACUGAACAUCAUCGUCGAUCUCGGUGGCCUGUUUCUCUGGGUUGAUUGCGAAAACCAGUACAUUUCCUCCACAUACCGUCCUGCACGGUGUCGCUCUGCCCAAUGCUCCCUUGCCAAAUUCGACGACUGUGGUGUUUGUUUCUCAUCACCAAAACCUGGCUGCAACAACAACACCUGCAGUGUUGCCCCAGGGAAUAGCGUUACCCAGAGCGCCAUGAGCGGUGAACUGGCUGAAGAUAUUUUAUCAAUCCAAUCCUCUAAUGGCUUCAACCCAGGACAAAAUGUCAUGGUUUCACGCUUCCUAUUCUCAUGUGCACGAACUUUCUUACUAGAAGGACUUGCAAGUGGUGCUUCUGGUAUGGCUGGUCUUGGAAGAAACAAAUUAGCUCUUCCAUCUCAAUUAGCUUCGGCUUUUAGCUUCGCUAAAAAAUUCGCUAUUUGUCUUUCCUCUUCAAAGGGAGUUGUUUUAUUCGGGGAUGGACCUUACGGUUUUCUCCCCAACGUCGUUUUUGAUUCUAAGUCACUCACAUACACACCGCUUUUGAUCAAUCCCUUUAGCACAGCUGCUUUCGCAAAGAGUGAGCCUUCAGCCGAGUAUUUCAUCGGCGUGAAAACUAUUAAAAUAGAUGGAAAAGUUGUUUCGCUUGACACUAGUUUGUUAUCUAUAGACAGUAGCAACGGUGCUGGUGGAACAAAGAUAAGUACCGUUGAUCCUUACACAGUUUUGGAAGCUUCUAUUUACAAAGCAGUUACAGACGCUUUCGUGAAAGCGUCUGCUGCAAGAAACAUAAAAAGGGUGGAUUCGGUUGCACCUUUUGAGUUUUGUUACACUAAUGUGACUGGGACACGAUUGGGUGCGGAUGUACCUACUAUUGAGCUUUAUUUGCAGAACAAUGUGAUUUGGAGGAUAUUUGGUGCAAAUUCAAUGGUGAAUAUAAAUGAUGAGGUUUUGUGUCUUGGUUUUGUGAUUGGUGGUGAGAAUACAUGGGCUUCAAUUGUGAUUGGAGGGUAUCAGUUGGAGAAUAAUCUUUUGCAAUUUGAUUUGGCUGCUUCUAAAUUGGGAUUUAGCUCCUUGCUCUUUGGACGACAAACUACUUGUUCUAACUUCAACUUUACCUCCACUGCCUAGAUGCCGUUUUCCCAAAUCAACAUUUUUUUUAUACUCUAUCAAGUUUGAAUCAUAUUUCAAGUUUGAAUAAUUAGUGUUUCCUUUGUUCAUAAUAAAUUGCAUUGAAAUUCAUGUAUGGUUUGACAAGGAUUGUAGUUAUAUGAACCAAAGAAUGUAUUUUCCCCCUUUUAUGGUGCAGUCAUACUGAGUCUCUGAUUAAAUCAAAAUUAAACAUUUUUAUUAUUA